AUGUCGUCCGAAGGAAAAGUCGCCGUGGAAGAGGUCAGCAAGCACUCCACGGCGGAAGACUGCUGGGUCGUGGUCAACGGCAAGGUAUACGAUCUAACAACCUUUGCUCCCGAGCAUCCUGGAGGAGCACAUGUGAUAACAAAAUGGGCCGGCAAAGACGGCUCCGAAGUCUACAACACCUACCACUCCGCCACCCUCAUCGAAUCCACCCUCGAACCCUCCCAAAAGAAAGGCUCCCUCGACCCAUCCACCGUAACCCCCGAAUGGACCGCCGCUCCCUCAGCACCCACCUCCGCACAACCCAAACCCUCCUCAAUCCCACCUUUAACCUCCAUCGUCUCCCUCCCCGACCUCCUCACAACCUUCGGCCAAAUCACCACCCCCAAAUCCUGGGCUUACACCUCCUCCGCCUCCAAUGACCUGCUAACCCACCACGCCAACCUUGCAACUUGGUCUCGUCUCCUCUUCCGCCCUCGUAUCCUCCGUUCCGUGCGUAGCAUCUCCACUUCCACCACCGCCCUCGGCGCCAACCUACACAUGCCCGUCUGGAUCUGUCCGAUGGGGAUCGCCAAAACCGCCGGUCCAGAAGGCGAAGCCGCUCUCGGAGGCGGCGCAGCAGACGCGGGUAUCGUACACUGCAUGGCGUGCACCACCUCCUCCAUGAGCGUCUCCGAAAUGCUCGACGCCGUACCAAAAGGAUGGCCAUACUUCGCACAAGUCUACAUCAACCGCGACCGCGCCAAAACCGAGGCCGUCCUCCGCGAACUCGAACGCACCCCACAAGUCAAAGCAAUCUUCAUCACCGUCGACCUCGCCGUCGUCUCCAAACGUGAAGCCGACGAAAAACUCACCAUCGCCGAAGCGCUCGCGGAAGGCGGUAGACCCGCUGGCGGACUCGCUCGCAGUACAGGCUCUUUCAUCGACUGGGAAUUCAGCUGGAAAGACUUCGUCUGGCUGCGUCGACAUACGUCUAAACCGCUGGUGAUGAAAGGCGUGCAAUCCGCUGCGGACGCGGUGCUGGCGAUGGAGAUGGGGUGUAAGGGCAUUGUGGUUUCGAAUCAUGGUGGGAGAGCGCUGGAUGGGGCGCCGAGUACAGUGGGCGUACUGUUGGAGUUGAGGAGGGAUUGUCCGGAGGUGUUUGAGAGGAUGGAGGUGCUGGUUGAUGGAGGGGUGCGGAGAGGGAGUGAUGUUGUUAAGGCUGUGUUGCUGGGUGCAAAGGCUGUUGGGGUGGGGAGGCCGUUUCAGGCGGCUGUGGCGUGGGGGAGGGAGGGGGUUGGGUAUGCUGCUGGGAUCCUGCAAGAUGAGAUCGAAACGGCGAUGCGACUUUGCGGGAUCACCGAUUUGGACGCCGCAAGAGGGGAUCUGUCGUAUCUGAAUUAUACGGCGCUGCUGCAGGACUUGCCGCCGAAGCCAGCUACGAGAGGCUGGUUUGGUUGGGGUGGGAAGGACUUCGGGAAGAGACAGAUGAAGUUGUGA